GUUUUCUUAGGGGCCAAACAGAGCAUCUAGUUAUGUACAUGAGUUUCUUGAUUGAAAUGUUUUUUUUUCCUCUUUUGAUUUUGUGUUUUAUUAAGAACUACGGUGAUGCGCAUAGCCUCCUGACAAAUUUCACUAGUAUGGUGCAGCAGAAAUGCUGAAGUAACGAUGGUGCUCUUACUAGUGCUAAAGGCCUGGUGGUUGUAGGAAUGGGAAGUUUGGGAUGAAAUAGUGAAUCCUUUUUUGAGAAAGCUCUAGAAGUAAAAACAAAAACUUGCUCAUGAGUAUACUACCUGCUGGAAAAGCAACAUGUGAUGCCCUUAUCAUCAAAAAAUGAAAAUUGUUAUAACUAGAUAUGGUGCUAAGUUCAAGGAUGAGAUUACAACAAAGUUAAAGCAUACUGGAGCUGGCAUUAUAUCCAUGGAAAAUGCUGGUCCAAAUACCAAUGGAAGCCAGUUCUUUAUUACCUUGGCACCUACACCGUCACUAGAUGGAAAACACACAAUUUUUGGAAGAGUAUGCAGAGGAAUGGAAAUUAUCAAACGACUCGGUAGUGUUCAAACUGACAAUAAUGAUAGUUUUGUUUUGGUAUGGAUGUUGAACAGAUGCUUGAUGAUAUGCUGAUAUGUUGUGCUGAUAUGCUGUGCUGGUGAACAGAUGUUUGGACUAGAAUAAGGUUCAAGAACUUCGGGCUACAGAAGAAGGUCCAACGUCUAUCAAAGAUGAUGCAAUUGUUCAUGCGUUUGGUCUAGAAUGGUGUGGUAGGGUAAGAGGGCUUGGAUUUGGAGCAUUACCAUCGAAAGUUGAUGCACAAGCAUACCAAAAUCAAAAUAUGAGAAAACUAAAUAAAAAAUUGCUGCUCUUAGAACAAGAACUCUAUGGAUAGUUUUGAGGACUUUGAUGGAUAGAUUUUUAUAAUUUUUGAAUAGUUUUGGAUAAUGUUUACAAACUUAUAUAUGUACAGUUUUGGAUGGUUUAUAACUUUUUUGAUAAUUUAAAACUUCAAGAUAGUCCUUUUGGAUGUUUGGAAUGGAUAU